GUUGGUCUCAAGAAUAGAUCAGCCGAACGUUUUAUUUUUGCAGUAGUACGAUUCAACCAGGGAUUAAGAGAGAUAUUAACUUGACUUAGUCAACGCUGAAAUAUUUAUAUAUUUGUAAGCAAACGCAAGGAAAGUCUUCAGACAUUUUCCUGUUGGCAAAUUUAUCAUAUAUAAAAAAUGUGAUGGUUUAAUUAAUUGUAUGACAAGACGAAAUACGACGAUCUGUCUAAGUAAAUCUAUUGAUUUUAUGUGCUUAUCAAAUUGACACAUUAGCGGUGUCGGAGACAUUUUCCAACAAGUGAUUAACAAAUGUCAUCCUCAUUGUUACUCUACAUAGACAAGUGAUUAGAUUAUUCGCUGUGUUCAAUUUUUUUUAAUCAUGAGUGCUCAAAAUCAGUUACCCAAUCUUGAUAAAAUCUUUCGAGAUGAGGAUGAACCUGAUUUUAUACCUUCAGGAGGGUCUAAUUUGGCUGCUAUUUUUGGGCUACAACCAAAGCUUGGAGAACAUACUAUUAAGCAAACAGCCUCUAAGAAGAGUAACACUCGAUAUAAUAUACAACAAACUGUAGCAUCACCUUCUAAAACAGAAGUUCUGAUAGCUAAAGCUAUACAUGCCUUCAAAUUGCAAAAAGGUCAAUAUGUUUCUAUGGGAAAACUUGGUAUGGCAUUAACAGGUAACAUAACAACAAGAAUAUAUCAGAUAAUUUUAUACAAAAACAAACAAGAAUAUAUAUCUGUUGCUACAGUGACACGUGACUUUGUGUAUACUGUACAAGCAAAUAAUUAUGCCAGUUAUUAUGAUAACAAUAAAGAGAAUUGGUCAAUUUUAUUUGAGAAUAGCGAAAGUUAUAUAGAAUUUGCGAUAGAGAUAGGACUGUCAUGUUAUUUUGCACUGCAAGAGAAAGGAGAGGAUGUGAUUUAUCAAGAUUUAAUAUUAAGUGACAAAGAUAUAAUUGCAAAAGAAGGAGACAAUAUAUGCAUCAAAUAUUUCGUGGGAACUGAGAUAGUACAACCCUUUAAAACAAAUUUUGUAAUGUCACAAACAAUGACAGUAGAAAUAUCAACAGACAAUAAUUGGGAGAGAAGUCUUUUGGGAAGUGGCAAGGGACUGAAGAGAAUUUUAUUUUUACCUCCUAACAAACAGAUUAGUUUAGGUCCUGGAUUUCCUAAAGAAAGAGAUAUUAUGCUGAUAAUAGAAAUAAUCGAUAUACAAGUACCAGAAGAUGAUUUGUCUGUACCUAAAGUUUCAACUAGCGGAAAAGCAUCUAUAAUUUCGAGAAUGGCAAAAAUGGGUCAAUCUAUUCUACCAAAAAUGCCUCUACCUUCUACCACUGAUUCAGAAGAUACCGAGGAUGAUGUACCUCACAAGUCUCCUCGUCAUAAAAAGAUCGAUCAAGUGGAAAUAAUCUCACAGAAAAAGCAUCUGUCGCACGAACCAGCGGAAGGAAAAGAAAGAGAAAAGAAAAUUACAGAAUCGAGAACAGAAGUGCCUUUGAUAGAUUCUAAUACUUAUAAUCCAUUAGUUAGUACACCCCAACUGACUCCGCAAUGGGCACCAUCAUAUUUUCCCGGACAUUAUGUUGCAAUGGACAACCAAAUGUAUCCUGUGACACAGACUGUAAAUCGUACAAUAUCAGCUGCUUUAGAUCCUGGAAUCAAUAUGUUGCUAUCAGAAAAUAGAUUAACAAAUGCUGAAAUACGCAUAGGAAUGUCCAAAAUAUCUGAUAACGUUCAAAAACUGCUAGAUAAGUUUCAUGCACUCGAGCUUCAAAAUGCAACAACACCUACGAGCGAUAAAGCAACAUUGGAUGCUUCUUGGAAAAUGCUUUUAGCUCUUAAUGCAUCUCGAGCAGAAGCAAAUGACAAUGAAUUAUCGAAGAAUACUAAUAAAUACAUGACUGAUGAAAAAAUUCGAGAGAUACAGAAUAGAAUAAGUGCUUUAGAAAAUGAUUUAAAACAGUCGAAAGAGGAAAAGGAAUCAUUGUUACAAGCUAAUGAAAAUUUGAAUACAAAAGUUCAAGAAUUAGAAACAAGAUUAACUGAUACAAAUACUGAUCUGAAGAAAACUCAAGAAGAUUUAGAAAAAGCUCAAAAUAUUAUUAAACAGUAUAGAGAAGAAAAUAUUCACUUAGAAGAUAAACUUUCCAAGUGUAGUAAAGAAAACAAUUUUCAAACUGAUGUAAUAUCUUCCAGACAAAAAGAUAUUGAGAACAAGAACAAAGAAAUCAAACAAAUAAUGAACAAAACGUAUCACGUAUUAUUAGAAAAACUCGCGGAUGGGUCACAUUCCAAUCUGUCAUUUGAUUAUGUGAAGUCCGUUAUUGCAAAUACAAUAAAGCAUAUCACUUUGCAAGUGCUGAAUGAAGGACUUGACAAAGAUGAUAUAGAAUCUGAAGCAAGUAAGGUUGCAAAUCUCACGGUUUCCAAAACUGUUGAACAUAUUCCAAAAGCAGUAUUCAACGCAGAGAUCAAUGACAAUACCUCGACAAAACUCACGGAAACUUCAAGAUCUACUACGAUCAUGCCUGUCUUUGAAAAUGAGCCGCCUCCCGUUCCGAUUGACGACAUCGAUGAAGUUGACAGCGACUGAUCGAUUAGUGUGAAAUAAGUCGAUUUUUUAAUUCGUCACAUGUAUCUAUAAUGCGUAUUUCCUAAUGUAUGUUAUAUUCCUGACAAGUUUCUAUAGUGUAACUCUCUUUGUAUAAAUCAUUUAUUAAUAAAAG